UUGAUCUCUCAACCCCAUAAUCAAUUUCAAUUUUAGAUUUACAGGAGCAAUUGGAAGACAAAGGACACAGGCAUGGCAAUAAAGGAGCCCCUGGAAGAGGCUGACUGCUGGGGAGACUCCGUGGACAGACUUUUGGAAUGUAAAUCCGGCCAGAUGGCUUUCCGGGAGUUCCUGAAGACUGAGUACAGUGAGGAGAAUAUCUUGUUUUGGUUGGCCUGUGAGGAUUAUAAGAAAAUUAAAUCAACUCCUGAGAUGAUUUCUACUGCAAACAGGAUCUACACUGAAUAUGUACAAACAGAGGCCCCAAGACAGAUUAAUAUUGACUGUGGAACCAGAGAAAAUAUAACACAAAAUAUUUCCCAACCAAGCCUCACUUCCUUUGAUACGGCACAACGCUUAAUUUAUGGUCUGAUGGCGAAGGACUGUUACCCAAGAUUCCUGAAAUCCGACAUUUACCAGGCGUACCUGACGCGUUCCAAGAAGAGAUGAAUGUGAUCCUCGCCGCCGGAGAUGUACAGUCACCCCCGGGCCCUUUCUGUAUUUCCCCUCCUGUAACCGAAUUACUUGGUUUUUACGCUGACCAGCCUAUCUAUAGUUUUGAGUGAUUCACGCCAUGAGAUAACAAAAUAUAAACAUAGAGGAAAAGAUCCUUGUUUUUAGUUAAGAAAAGUUUGUGAAACGAAUGUAGAUGUUCCAGUCUCUUAUUCAGAGCAUAUUUGAGGGCGUACAUUAAGCAUGAUUAACUCACAGCUCCCUUACAGCCGAAACACAUUUUCCCAUAAGUUGACGUUUUAAUUCCUUUGAUACCAUUUUAAAGUAUAAGUCUCCCUACAUACUUAUCGCCUGGCGAGAUAUGAACGCAUUUCCAUUUCUUCUUCCUUUAAGCUUAUUCACAUAGUAUAGUCAUUAGUUUUUAAUAAGUGCAUUAUUGUGGUAGCUUUUCGUUGCCAGUUAUUUUCUUUAAAAUUUUGAUUGUAAAUUAAAUCUUUUCUAGUUUGUCUUCUUACUCGGACUGAUGUAAAUACUCUGACCAUUUCUCCAAGCUGGCCAAUCGUACUGCUGCUCCUGCCUGCCACCUUCACCCCUUUCAAUAAAUGUCCUCUAUCCUCUUCUCGUCAUUCUUCCUCCUCUUUUAAUUCUUCGCUUCAUCUCCGGUGCCUAUGGGGAGGGAGGACAAGCCACCGAGGGGAAGUUUGUGGAGCGAAAGCGGCGGGAGAUGAAAACACACUCAUCGGGGUCCCCCUAGUGUCUCAGCUCCUGCAGGUCGUCCCCUUUCUCCACCCAUAGGGGCAGCCCUGAUACCAAAAGGAAACAUCCCUUAAUCACUGCGCUCACCUUGCCCCCUUUUCCACUCGGGGUCGACCAAAUUAAUCAGGCCUGCAGUCAGCCCUCCAGGCACCUUUUUGUUUUAAGCUGGCCUGCUUCUCCCCAGUGUGGGGACAACAAACUCCAGUCUUCCUUCCUCAUCAUUAGGAUCACGUCUCAAUUUAUGCAAUUAAAGAGGAACAAGCUGCAAACGAGUGCAUUGCCCCGGCUUUAAUCUGCGGAUGAUAAAAUGCAUAGAUAAGAGCUGAUCUUGUGUCUUGCCUUGUUUGCUUAUGAAAUAAAAAUGUAACAUCUUUCCAA